GAUGCCGACAUCAGCUUCGAAAAAAUCAUCUGUGCAGGCUGCAUCGUCGAUGCCAACACCAGCUCAGGAAGCAUCGUCCGUGCAGGUUGCAUCAUCAAUGCCAACAUCAGCUUCUAAAAAAUCGUGUGUGCAGGCUGCAUCGUUGAUGCCAACACCAGCUCAGGCAGCAUCGUCCGUGCAGGCUGCAUCGUCGAUGCCAACACCAGCUCAGGCAACAUCGUCUGUGCAGGCUGCAUCGUCGAUGCCAACACCAGCUCCAACUGUAGUACCUGUUCAUGCCACUACCUCUGAGAAAUUCAGUUUUAUGCCUACUCCAACUUUAAGCCAUCAAACAAUGGCUGGCCCUCAAAGUAUAAACCUUCAAACAAUGGCUAGCCCUUCAAAUUUGGCAGAGGAGGAAGAUGUGGAUGCUGAUGAGGAUGAGGCGGUGGGUCAAGAAACUAUUACCCCUCUUGUGCCAACAAUAGAUGAGAAUGGGAAAGUUAUUAUAAAACCAUCUGGUACUGGGCUAGUUCCUGCCAAAGAAGUUGCUGGUGCCAUUAAUUAUGCGAUACGCAAACAAUUUUAUAAACCUAUACAUCAUUGGUCUGCACUCGAUCCUGAUACGAAAGCUGAUUGGUUUAAGUUGUUUGGAGAGAAGGUUUCGUGGGAUCCUUUCGAUCAUGCAUUUGUCUAUAGUGCAUUUGAAAAAAAAGGAAGAAAACGAUUAAACGACAUGUUGGGGAAGGCGAGGAGAAAAGGGACUCGACCUUCAUGGAUUGGUGAUGAUGCUUGGGUUGAACUUCAAACUUAUUGGAAAAAGACCGAGUUUUUGGCUGUGUCUUCUCAAAACAAGACCAAUCGAGCUUCCGCAAGAGGCGGAGCAGUCCACACCACAGGCCGUAAGGCUCAUAUUGAUGUUGCACUUCAACUUUCACGUGAACUUCAAAGGGAUCUGCGUCCCGAUGAGUUAUUUUUAAAAACACACAAGAGGAAAAAUGGUGAAUGGGUUGACAGUCGUGCUGCAUCUACUUAUGUAAGUUCUCGUAAAUUUUACUGCAUCAAUAUUUGCAUCCAUGCUUUCAGAAGCAGACUUAUUCAAAUUAAACUCUCCAAAAAGGAUCUAGUUAUCCAUUUUUAUAGUCUAAUUCCUAACACUAACAGUCCUAACACUAACAAAUAUUUGCUGCAACAAAAGACUUUUAAAGAGAAGUUUGAUGCAGAACUUCAGCCAACUGAAGAAGGGAAUGGAGAGGUUGUUCAGGUGUUAGAUGGAGAGCGUGUAAAUCAGCUAUGGACAGAGGCUGCUGGGGGCCGUAACCGUGGUCGGGUUUAUGGCGCUGCAGAUUUAGCUAUUAAUCUAAAACGUGGAUCAAAAAGUUUUACCCAACAAUCUCAAACUCCUCAACACUCUAUGUUUGGGAUGUCAUUAGAAGCUGAAAGAGCAGCUAGAAUUAGAGCUGAACAAAUUGCCGAGGCUGCAACGACCCAAUUACAAGAGGCUAACGAAGCAAUGCGAGCUGCUACCGAGGCUGCAAAAGCUGCUACCGAGACUGCACAAAGGAUGGAGAGGGAGAUGAAUGCUUGGAAGGAAUUUAUGAUGAAGAAAUUUGACACUUCAACUUUUGUAUCACAUUCUCAUCAUUAUGAUGACGAUUUGGAUGAUCAAUCAUUAGAUGAAGAUUGA